GCCACUUCCAUCAUUUUAUUCGUACCUCCUCUUUCUCCUCCUUCUUCUACCUUGCAUUCAUUCUACUUCUAAGAUCUCACCGAUUAGUAAAUUUUCUACGAUAUAUCUUCAGCCAUGUCAUCGACAUCGAUGUUAGCAUAUGCAGGAGUGGUAGUCGUAGUAUAUCUCAUCACUCUAGUUCUAUACCGUCUACUUCUACACCCACUUGCGGGAUUUCCCGGUCCUAAACUCGCCGCUGCGACAGUGCUGUAUGAAUUUUACUACGAUGCCAUCAAAAAAGGCCAGUACACAUUCCAGAUUCAAGAAAUGCAUGGGAAAUACGGACCCAUUGUACGAAUUUCCCCAGAAGAGUUGCACUGUAACGACCCGGCCUUUAUCGCUACAUUAUAUACUGGUGGAUCUGUUCGUCGAGACAAGUAUAAACACUAUACCAAUCAAAUCUGCCUUUGGAUGAGCAGCUUUGGUACUACAGAUCACGACCUCCACCGUCUUCGUCGCAGCACGAUAAACCGGUUCUUCUCCAAGACAUCCGUAUCGAAGAUUGAACCUAUGAUUCAUGAGAAAGUUGAGUUGCUUGGUCGACAGCUAUGCACUUAUGUUGAAGAUAAGAAUCCUUUGGAUCUUGUCCAGGCAUUCAACUGCUUCUCUAUGGAUGUGAUUACAGCGUAUUGUUUUGGGAAAAGCGAAAACUUCCUCGAGAACCGCUUAUUUAGAUGCGACCAUAGCGCCGCCCUGAGAGAGAUGUCUUUCGUUGGGGAAUAUGCGAAAUAUUGCCCCUACAUAAUUGUUCUUGGGAUUUCGCUUCCUAAUUCGUGGAUAACGAUUUUAAACCCGGCUGUUGGCCACUAUAUGCAGUGGCAACAUGAAGUCCGGGCCCGGAUCUGUGACAUAAUAAGCCAGAAAGACGUUGGCAAACCAAUGGCCAAAGAUAGUCCUCAAGCUACAGUCUUUGACGGAAUAUUGGAUAGCAAGUUACCAGAUCAAGAAAAGACUCUAACUAGGCUUUGGCAAGAAUUGCAAUCCAUCAUUGGAGCAGGCACCGACACGGUUUCUUGGAGCCUAUCUGUACUAUUUUUCUACCUCUUGAAUGAUCGUACUGUAUACAAGACCUUGAUGUCGGAACUUGAGAAUGCUAUUCCUAAUCCAACAUCUCAGCCAUCAUGGAAUGACCUAGAGAAGCUUCCUUACCUGAGUGCUUGUAUAAAUGAAGGAUUACGCCUUUCAUAUGGGCUGAGCUCACGCCUUCAACGAAUAUCACCAGAUGGACCUAUGCUGUAUCAGCCUUCGGAUUUUGUGACCGCCUCCAAGUCGGAAUAUGUUAUUCCUCAGGGCACUCCUGUCGGCAUGACUUCUGUGAUGGUCCACCGCAAUUCCAAAAUAUUUCCGAACUCGGAGCAGUUCGAUCCUAAUCGGUGGUUGGACGCCGAGGGCAAGGUUGAUCGGACGCUAGAAAAAUAUAUGUUAAUCUUUUCUAAGGGAAGUAGACAGUGCGUUGGUAUAAACCUUGCAUAUGCGGAGCUCUUCAUGGCAACGGGCUUGAUCUUCCGGCGUCUCGGUCCACGGAUGAAGCUGUACGAAACCCAGCUUGACGAUGUCGAAAUUAGACACGCUGCCUUCAUGACGUCACCGAGACUCGACUCCAAGGGAAUUAGAGUCCUGAUGGGAUGAUGGCUGAUCGUGACCAGGAUGGUACAGAGGGGCGAUUGAAAACAUUGUUUGAAGCCGCUCGGACUUCUAAUCGCUUUGGGUCUUUGCUAUGAAUAUCCGUC